CGCACCUCAACCAUACAACUCACAGCCAUCACGUAUAGAAGAGAGAGCGGCCAUGUCGAUGCUCAGGACUAUCAAACCCAAGAACGCUCGUGCAAAGCGAGCCCUCGCAGCUAGGGAACCUCAGCUGGUAGAGAACGAGAAGACGGCGAUCUUUGUGCGUGGGGAAAAAGUCAGCGAGAGCGUUCGGGAUGCCAUGAAGGACCUCCAUGCUCUCAAGCUGCCCCACUCCAUCAACUUUAACAAGAAGAACCCCAUCCAUCCUUUCGAUGCCGAUCCGUCCCACGGUGUCAACUCGCUCGAGUUCUUCAGCGGAAAGAACGAUGCCUCGCUUUUCGUGGUGGGAUCGCAUAGCAAGAAGCGACCGAACGGGUUGACCUUUGUGCGGACAUUUGAUGGGCGGGUUCUGGAUAUGAUUGAACUCGGAAUCGACAAGAUGGUUGCCAUGAAGGAUAUCAAGUCUCCCAAAUCUACCCCAGGUCACCGAAUCCUCAUGUCCUUCCAAUCCUCUCUGUUCAACACUCACCCUACCUUCCAACUUCUCAAGUCCAUGCUUCUCGACUUUUACAACGGUCACGAGCUUACGGAAAUUCCUCUUCAAGGGCUGGAGACCGUCAUGACCGUGACGGCGGGACCUAUGGAUGGAGAUCAGACUGGAGCCAGUUCGGCGGCUAUGGCUAUGGAGGGUGCCAGUGCCGGUGCGGAGAGCAAGGAGAAGCUACCUUCGGUACACAUCCGUGUGUAUACGGUCAAGAUGCUUGCCUCCGGUACCAAGGUGCCUAAGAUCUCUUUGACCGAGAUGGGACCCCGGAUGGACCUGUCCACCCGGAGGACUCAGCUUCCCGAUCCGGAAAUGUGGAAAGAGGCCAUCAAGCGACCCAAGAUGGACAAGAAGACGAUCACCAGUGGACAGGGAAAGAAGAGGAAGAACAUCGAGACGGACGAGAUGGGAGACCUGGUCGGACGUAUCCACGUGGCCAAGCAGGAUCUCAACGCGAUGAAGGGGAAACGUCUCAAGUCGCUCAGGGAUCCUGCUACCGAACGACCGGCCAAGAAGCAGAGGGCCAAGGUCGCUGAGGAUGUCACGAUGGACUAGGACGAGAGGAGGGAAUUGGUCUCGGUUUACGCGUAAUAGAGCUCUCGGUCUCUUGUCUCUAUCAGUUCCGUUCGCUUGUACAUGGUCUUCGAGAUGUUGUCAUUCAUAGUUGCUGGGG